AUGACAACCACAAAAUUAAAUGGAAGACAGCUUUUCCAAAAGAUUGGGAAACCAACCAGAAUUCUGGCUCCAAUGGUAGAUCAAUCUGAACUCGCUUGGAGAAUUCUAUCAAGAAAGUAUGGUGCAACACUGGCUUAUACUCCUAUGCUCCAUGCAAAGUUGUUUGCAACAUCUGAAAAGUAUAGAAAGGAUAACUGGUGCUCUUUAGAUGGGGACGCAACUUUGGAUAGACCAUUGAUUGUUCAAUUCUGUGCAAACGAUCCGGAGUAUCUUCUUAGUGCUGCAAAGUUAGUACAAGGACAAUGCGAUGCUGUUGAUUUGAAUCUAGGUUGUCCGCAGGGUAUUGCCAGAAAGGGACAUUAUGGUUCAUUUUUAAUGGAAGAAUGGGAGUUAGUUCAUAAACUAAUUAAAACUUUACAUGACAAUUUGGAUGUCCCUGUGACUGCCAAAAUAAGAGUAUUCCCAGAUCGUGAGAAGACGCUAGCUUACGCAAAGAUGGUCCUAGAUGCUGGCGCACAAUUUCUAUGUGUCCAUGGCCGGUUAAGGGAACAGAAAGGUCAGCAGACCGGUUUAGCUGAUUGGGAAAUAAUCAAAUAUUUAAGAAAUAAUCUUCCUGAUGACACUAUUUUUUUUGCUAAUGGUAAUAUUCUAUAUCCAGAAGACAUUGAAAGAUGUCAAGCGUACAUUGGUUGUGACUCGGUGAUGAGUGCAGAAGGUAAUUUGUAUAAUCCUGGGGUCUUCAAUGUUGGUAGUAUUGACGACAAAGAAAAGACAUUCCCUCGUGUAGAUAAAUUAUUGAGAGAAUAUUUCGAGAUUGUGAAAUCUGUUCCGGAAUCCAAAGCAUCUCGAAAUGCUAUGAAAUCUCAUUUUUUUAAAGUACUAAGACCAUUUCUACCUCAUCAUACAGAUAUCAGAUCGGAGAUUGCAAAAAUGAAUACUAAGAUAUCUUUUGAGGAAUGGGAAUCACGAGUUGUUACUCCUGUUGAAAAGGUUGUUGCUGAUAUAUUUGCUCAGCCAGAUAUUAAAGAAAAGGAUACCAUCGUCGAUGGUGAAAAACAAUUAUGGGGUGGACACUACAAGACAAUUCCAUAUUGGAGGUGUCAACCAUAUUUUAGACCUGUAGAUGGUGUUACUGGUGAUCAAAGGGUAACAAAAAAAUUGGAAACAGAAAAUGGGGACAAAAAGAGAAAAGUUCAGGAGGAAAUAAAUGAUGAAUUAGAAACACCUUCGAAGUUACAGCAUAUUUAG